AUGGCCUUGCAUGUCCAUAACUCCUACUUUUUCUACACCGUCAUCGUCAUGGCCAUCUUCUCCGCAACGCCGUCGAUGUCUCAGCCGCAAACGGCCAACUCCUGCAACGGAAUAUUCCUGUCGUACGCCUACACCGGCGGCGCGAAGCUGCCGCCGAACGUGUCGGAGCUGGCGCAGCAACCGUACCGGUUCGAGUCGACGCUGACGGUGCUGAAUAACGGGCUACAAGAACUGAAGUCAUGGAGAGUGUUCGUAGGGUUUCAGCAUAACGAGUGGUUGGUAUCUGCGUCGAAUGCGGUGCUCGCCGACGGCACGAAUUUACCCAGUGCGGUUGGGAACGGCACCAUUUUGAGUGGGUCGACGGUGACGAAUUUGAAGACGGCGGCGGAGACGGCUGGCGACAUGGGGCUGAUGGAGGUUUUGGUGGAAAUGGUUGGGACCUUGUUCGGGGUGGCGCCACCCUCUGUGCCUUUGCCUUCCACUUUAAACUUGGUCAAUGAUGGUUUUGUUUGUGGUCAACCCACUCGUCAAGGGAACAAUGAGACUCAUGUAUGUUGCACAAGUGAUCCCAAUUUCAAAACAAACAUAACCACAGAAGAACAGUUCCUACCCCGGCAAAAGGGUGAUCUUAGCAUCAUCUAUGAUGUGACAAAAACUUACGAUUCCAAUUACUGGGCAGAGGUUACAAUUGCAAUCAACAACCCCCUGGGUCGUCUUGACAACUGGAGAUUAAGCUGGGAUUGGAAAAAUGAUGAGUUCAUAUACACAAUGAAAGGAGCUUAUCCAUCUACUGUAGAUUCUUCUGAAUGUAUCUUCGGUUCUCAAGGUGUUUUCUACAAGGAUCUUGACUUUUCCAAUGUGUUGAACUGUGAAAGAAGACCAAACAUAGUUGAUCUCCCUCCCACAAGGUUCAAUGAUUCAGACCUUGGCAAAAUCCCAUUUUGCUGCAGGAAUGGUACAAUUUUGCCACCCACAAUGGAUCCUAGCAUGUCAGCAUCAAGGUUCCAAAUGCAAGUUUACAAAAUGCCGCCAAACCUUAACCGUUCUCAGCUUGCACCACCACAAAACUGGGCAAUAAAGGGUACCCUUAACCCUAAUUACCAAUGUGGCAUCCCUAUAAGAGUGAGUCCUAGUAAAUCACCUGACCCAACAGGGUUACCAUCAAACAUAUCAGCAAUUUCUACUUGGCAGAUUGUGUGCAACAUAACAAACACAAAAAAAGCUACAAGCAAGUGUUGUGUCUCAUUUUCAGCUUUUUACAAUGAAUCAGUUAUUCCGUGCAAAACAUGUGCAUGUGGGUGCCCAAGUAACCCGGAGAGAACCUGUAGUGCUACUUCACCAGCUAUGUGGCUUCCACCAGAGGCCCUUCUUGUUCCUUUUGAGAAUAGAAGUGAAAAGGCUGUUUCUUGGGCUAAAAUCAAGCAUUUACCAGUGCCUAAUCCUAUGCCUUGUGGUGAUAACUGUGGUGUGAGCAUAAACUGGCAUGUGUAUACAGAUUAUCGUAAAGGUUGGACUGCAAGGAUCACACUUUUUAACUGGGGUGACACUGAUUUUGCUGAUUGGUUUGCUGCAGUGCAAUUGGACAAAGCUGCAAUGGGUUUUGAGGAAAUGUAUUCAUUCAAUGGCAGCACCUUACAGAGCGUAAACAACACAAUAUUCAUGCAAGGUAAGAAAGACUUGAAUUUUCUUGUAGCUGAAACAAAUGGAUCUGACCCUAGAAGAGAUCCUAGGGUGCCUGGGAAACAGCAAUCAGUUAUCACAUUUACAAAGAAAAAAACUCCGAGAAUCAAUGUGGCUGGUGGUGAUGGGUUUCCUAGUAAAGUGUUCUUCAAUGGGGAGGAAUGCUCCCUUCCUCUAGUGUUUCCAAGUAGUGGUUUGAGGAUGGAGUUUUCCUUGGUUACUAUGAUGUUCCUAAUAUUGUUGCCAAUCAUAUUCAUGUGGCAAUAG